CUAUGAUAAAUUGUAAAAAAAACAAUAAAAACACCCAUGUGAAUUGAUUGUUCAACACUUCAACUCAUCAUGAGGAUGUGAAAAAGUGAGAUAAUUUUUUUAAAAUUUGUGAAAAAUUAAAAUGUUAAUGUCUGUCCGUUCACUUCAUCCCACUGAAGUUAGAGCCGCCGGAGAGUCGAUGGGAAUAAUCAGGAACAAUUUCAUCUUCAUAUCUGGGACACUUUGCGGAAUAUACAUCGCCCAGAACUACAAUGUCCCCAACAUCCGGAAAACCAUCGAGGCCGCUUUGUUCAAGGCUAAAGUCGUCGAGGAGAAGUACCGGAAGCCCCCGAAUCCCGGCGAUUAGCAUUUAGAAUCAUUCAUAAUCUCAGAAUUGAAAUGAAAUGCUAGUUGCCAAACACUACCUUAUGGUAUGUUUGGGAACAUGGAUUUGGAUUUUAAAUCUGGAUUUGGCUUAAAUUCCAUGUUUGGGAAACUUAAGCAUUUUGAAUUUGGAUUUGAAUCAAAUUCUUUACAUUCAAAACCAAGCUUAAUUUGAAAUCCAUGCACCUCCCCUUGUCAUUUGAAAUUCAGGAUUUCAAAUUUUGGAAUUGAAAUACAUGAAUUGAAAUGAAAUGCUAGUUGCCAAACACUACCUUAGAUUAUAAUUUGUGUGUUUGUCAAUAUUUGAGAUUAAGCUUGACGUUUGAUGUUUUAUAUGCCUGAUUCUGAGUUGAAGUGUUAAGCUUUGGCUGCCCUGAUUUGACUUGAAUUUGGGGCUUUAGGGUUUAUCCCUUUCAUCUUUCCAGUUAGGAAUGAAACUAUAGUUAGGUU